GUGUCAUAUUUAUAGUGGAUAACAAGUACCAAGUAAAAAAAAGGGGGGGGGGAUGGAGUUCGCUACAUUGGGUAGCGAACUUGGUGUCCACUAGAAACGUGACACGUCAGUAAACCGAGUUCGCUACACCGGGUAGAACUUGCUCCCGUGACAGAUUGAAAAAUAACACUGUUCGCGUGACAUUUAGGUAAAAAAAUUGGUGAACAAUGACAUUUUGAUCACUGUUCCAAAAUUUCAUAAAAAUUAAUUAAUUAAUAUUAAAUGAAACAAGGUAAGGAUCAAACCAUAACACAGACUUUAAUAUUUAAAGAACUAAUUGACUCCAAAAACUUAAUUUUGGGCACACGUAUCAUAUGAUCAUUUGUUAAAACUUCUGAUAAAGGCGUACUACAUUAGUUUGUGGGCAAAUAAAACGGUUGCACGUGUGCACCUUCUGGAAGUUCCUGCGAGGCAAAAAGUGAAUUCCACAUCGAAGGCGAGAAUAUUGUGCUGUGCUGUUCCCUGCGAUGAGGCCACGUUACCCCCCCCUCUCUUUCCAGGAGAGUUGGACACUAUCUCCACCCUCAUUGGCCACGUGGGUCCCACCAGAUAUGCCACUUUCCCUUCGGGUCCCACACUACCGAAUUGAAAAAACUAACCAAUCACGUUCUCUCUACUGUUCCCCCUCUUUUGCCCUAGACACGUGGCAGACCCUCACCCAGCCACCUCGCUGCAGUUAUCAUUAUCGCUUCCGCUCCAAUCUCAGCGACACUGAAGAGAAGGGUAACCAAACCAGCCAAAAUAGAGAGAGAAAGAGAGAGGUGAAGAGAGAGAGAGAAGAGAGAAAAAGGUUGCGAAACCGUGAUGGACGGCAGAGAUUCGUGGAGAGUGGCAGCGUGUGGCGGUGAUGGUGCUGCUUUUGAUAACAAGAUAUUGAACAGGAUAAUGCUCCGUUUCCGGCCGAUCGCACCAAAGCCCGUUGCCGGAAGUUCUGACUCCGCCGGCGGGGAUGUUCAGGUAAGCCAGAUAAACAAGGUAGAAGGGAAAAGAUCGAAGAGGAAGUACGUUAGAGUUCGGAGGAACAGUGGAUACGCGAGAAAGAAAGGGAAUAGAUCUUCCGAGAGAAAAGAUGGUGUGGAGAACGUGGCGGUUGUUACGUUGCAGUUGAUGCCGGAGAAGGACGCGCCGGAACGGGGCGAGGUUACCGGAGAUUCGUGGCGUAAGAACGUUGAUCUUGACCUAACCGUGGAGAAGAUUCAGAUCCUCGAGGAUCUGAAUCCGCCGUGCGCGACGGCGAACGCUGACGUUGGUAAGGGCUUAGAUCGGGUUGUGGCGGAGGCGGAACUGUCCUCGCUCGCCGGAGCUUCAUGGUGUAAGAACGUUGGUCUUGAUAACCUAACCGUGGAGAAAGUCCGAUUCAUGGAUAAUUUAAAACCGCCGUGCGCGACGGCGAACGCGAAGCGAUAUGAGAUUUUAGAUCAGGUGGUUGCUGCGGCGGAGAUGGUGGUGGUUGAGUCGUGGGUGACGGUAGAGAGCGUGACAGGCACGUGCAUGGGUGAAGGAGAAGGAGAAGGUUUAGGAUGUACGGACGUUGAGAAGGUGAAGAAUCUAGAAACUGACACGUGUCCAGGGUUUGUAUCGGACGGUUGUUAUAAAGUGCGGUGGGUGAACGACGCGUACAAGAGGAUGGUGGUUGGUGAGGAGCCAUGGCCUGAGAUUGUGGUGUGGUUGAAGGUGAAGGAUAGUGUUGAGUGGUGUUGUUAUUCCUACCCGGCGUUCACUUGCGGGGUGAGGUUACAGUACACGUGGCGGAACGAGAAGUGCACGAAGAUGGUGCCGUGUGAUGUUUGGAGAUUGGACUGUGGUGGUUUUGCAUGGAAGCUAGACGUGAAAGCUGCGCUUAGCUUGGGUCUCUGAAAAAUCACAUAGACAUCAAUUAUAUAUCUAUAUAUGUACAUAGACACAUGUAUAUAUAGCUAGCUAAGUUCAAGUUCUAUGGAUUGAGGACAAGCCCCUCUGCACCAGGAAAUGGUUAGGUAUUAUUCCAGUUAGAGUCUUUGCAACUGUUUGGAGAAAUUUUAAAAAGUUGAAGAAAGGUGUGUCGUGUGAGUGUUCAUUAUCAAUAAGGGGUUGUAGGGGAAGUAAGAGAAGAUGGGAAACUUGGCUAGUCUUCUGUUAAGCUGGGAGGGCAGAAAAAGUAAAUAUAUGAGAGCUAAAUAUGCAUAAUGCUUCUGAAAAGAACUGUGGCUAUGCUAUGUCUAUAGGACUAGAGCUAUUUUGUGUGUAACUAUUGUCCCUCCAAGACAGCGACAGACAAAAUUAGUAGUAAAUGUAUAAUAUAGUAAUACUAAUAUAUAUAUAUAUAUAUAUAAGUCUUAUUACAUGAGCCUGACUCUACAUUAUCUAAGUAUACGUCGAGAGAAUAAGAGAGAUACGUGAAGAGAAUAGGCACAAGCAUUUUGUGCCUUUCUUGUUUGGUUUUGCUAUUUAUUUAAACUUGUGGGCAUAUAUGCAGUUUGGUAAAGCUCUAAAAGCAGCGGAACGAACUUAUUUAGUGUUAGUUUUUUACUGUUAGAAUUACUUUCAUGUUGAAAGAUAAAUGCCUCGGUUGGUAGUAUGGGGAAGAAAGGCAGAUAGUGGUUUUAUUGAUCUCUUGGAAAAAUCUUAGUAUUAAGAGUGGGUUAUUUUUGUUAUGUAAGUAAUUUCUUAAUCAGAGUUGUGUUGGUCAUUAAAAUUUGAGAGUUAGUCGUACAUUAUUAAAAAAUAAAUAGUAGUAACCACCUAUAGGAUUAUAAUUU